GCGGCCGCACCUACCCAGUCUCCUGCCCCGCCCCGGCCUGCCCGGCUCCGGGCGCCGGCGUUUGCCUCCGGGGCGAGCGGCUCCGGGGCGCGAGGUCGGCCCAGGCGUCCGCUCCCGCAGGGGUCGCGACCCGGGACGGCUAUCGCGGCCGGUGGUCCCGGGGCCUCCGCUGCGGCGUGAGGCCGCGGGUGAGGCCGGGCUCCCGGGAGUCCCCGCAGGCCUGGGGACGAGUCUUUUGGAGACUCAGCCCAUCCUCAGAGGAAAAGCCCAGAAAGAGGACAUGGCUACUGGACAGGGGGAAGGAAGUUCUCAGGUGUCCGUGACCUUCAAGGACGUGGCUGUGCUCUUUACUCGGGAUGAGUGGAGAAAGCUGGAUCCUUCUCAGAGACACUUGUACCAGGACGUGAUGCUGGAGAACUAUAGGAACCUGAUCUCAGUGGGACUUCCAUUUUCCAAACCAAAAGUGAUCUCCCUGUUGCAGCAAGGAGAAGAGCCCUGGACGGUAGAGAAAGAAAGUCCGAGAGGCCCCUGUCUAGGAUGGAAGAACAGUACCAAAACCACAAAGUCAACUCAAACUCAAGACUCAUCAUUUCAGGGACUACUGAAGAAAAUUCUCAAAAGGGAGGAACUCUCGCUCUUCCAAUCAGAAAAACCCUGUAUAUGUGAAAACAGAGUAAAGAAACAGCAGGACAGAAAUGAAGGUUUCCAAAUAAUUUCAAUCACUCAUAAGAAAAUCCUUACAAUGGAAAGAAGCCAUAAAAAUUUUGAAUUUGACCAAAACUUUAUGCUGAAAUCAGUCCUUGUUAGGCAACAGAGGGUUUCUAGAGAAAAAGCACCCUUAAAAUGUGAAAUACAAAGAAAUAGCUUCAAGCAGAAUUCAAAUUUACUUAACCAGCCAAAAAUCAAUGCAACAGAGAAACGCUAUAAAUGUAAUAUAUGUGAGAAAGCUUUCAUUCACAAUUCAUCCCUUCGUAAACAUGAGAAAAACCAUACUGGAGAGAAAUUAUUCAAAUGUAAAGAAUGUUUGAAAGCCUUCAGCCAAAGCUCAGCUCUUAUUCAACAUCAAAGAACUCAUACUGGAGAGAAACCCUACAUAUGUAAAGAAUGUGGGAAAGCCUUCAGCCAUAGUGCAUCCCUUUGUAAACAUAUAAGAACUCAUACUGUGGAGAAAUCCUAUAGAUGUAAAGAAUGUGGCAAGUCCUUCAGUCGAAGGUCGGGCCUUUUUAUACAUCAAAAGAUCCAUGCCCGAGAAAAUCCCUAUAGAUAUAAGCCUGGUAGGAAGCCAUCUAGUUGUAGCACAUCCCUUCCUGGAUGUCAGAGAAUUCAUCUCAGAAAGAAGUCCUAUUUGUGUAAUGAAUGUGGCAAUACCUUUAAGUCUAGCUCAUCCCUUCGUUAUCAUCAGAGAAUUCACACUGGAGAGAAACCUUUUAAAUGUAGUGAAUGUGGGAGAGCCUUCAGUCAGAGUGCGUCUCUUAUUCAACAUGAAAGAAUUCACACUGGAGAAAAGCCCUAUAGAUGUCAUGAAUGUGGAAAAGGCUUCACUUCUAUUUCACGACUUAAUAGACAUCGAAUAAUUCACACUGGUGAGAAGUUGUAUAAUUGUAAUGAAUGUGGUAAAGCCUUAAGUUCCCACUCAACACUUAUUAUUCAUGAGAGAAUUCAUACUGGAGAGAAGCCAUGUAAAUGUAAAGUGUGUGGAAAAGCCUUCAGACAAAGUUCAGCUCUCAUUCAACAUCAGAGAAUGCAUACUGGAGAAAGACCCUAUAAAUGCAGUGAGUGUGGGAAAACAUUCAGGUGUAACUCAUCCCUUAGUAAUCAUCAGAGAAUUCAUACUGGAGAGAAACCAUAUCGAUGCCUGGAAUGUGGGAUAUCUUUUGGCCAAAGUGCGGCACUUAUUCAACAUCAGAGAAUUCAUACAGGGGAGAAACCCUUUAAAUGUAACACAUGUGCGAAAACUUUUAGACAAAGCUCAUCACUUAUUGCACAUCAAAGAAUUCAUACUGGAGAGAAACCAUAUGAAUGUAAUGCAUGUGGGAAACUCUUCAGCCAGAGGUCAUCCCUUACUAAUCAUUUUAAGAUUCAUAUUGAAGAUGACCACUUGAAAGUAGAUUAACCAGUUUGAAAGCCUUAAACCAAAGCUUAUCAGAGAAUACAUACUUGAAAAUGAUUUAGUAAAUGUAACAAAUAUGAUAAAACCUAUUUUAACUUUGUUCUCAUCAGAUACUAAAUUCCAAGGAUAAUCCUUGACUGUGUAAUAAAUAAGGGGAAAACUUUCAUACCUGUCAGUCACUUUUUAAAAUAUCCUAAGAUAGAUAAUUCACAAUUGCAGCCAUGGACUUUGGUCAUUUGUAAAAUACAAGGAGGAAUUUUUCUCUGCAUUUCUACAUGACUUUAUAUAUUUGAUGCCAUGUAUGAUCAUGAUAAAAAUCUGGGUGCAAAUGGAUUCUCAUUAGGAAAAAACACCAACUGUAAGCUAGUAGCAUAUUUAUUACAUCUAAUAUUUUAAUAGCAAAUGAAAGAAUUUAUCUUAAAUAUAUAUAUGCAUUUUUAGAGCAAAGGACCAAAUAAAAGUUAUAAAACAAACUGUAAACUACCUCUCAGCCUCUGAAAUUUGCUUUUCCCUAACUUGUCAAACUUUGUGCAUGGUUUUCAUUAAAAAAGAGAAAGAAACUAUUCUUUUACUCCUUUGUUCCUCUAGUCAUUGCCAAGCUACAUCUAACAGCCUCCCAAAAUUUCUACACAAUUCCUAAUUUUGUUCUCAGAUUUUUCUUUAUUGUUCUGAAGCCGUAUUUAUUUUAAAACUAUACUUGCUAUACUGUUAAUUAUCAUCUUAGGUAAUUCAAGUAGCAAAAAGACAGUUUGUUUAGGCAAUUGCUGUAAGGGUAAAGCGAUCGUGUGCAGCAAGGUUCUGAAAAGGACAGCCCUAAUCUCAUUAAAUAAAACCA